UUUAAAUACAUUCUUUGCUACAGUAAUACGAUACGACUGCCCAUAACAUAUUAUUGAAAUGUGAAAGCCUCUGUCUCUUGAUAAGAGACUUCCCCUGCUUCCCUUCUUCGACACUUUAGCCACUUUCUCCCCUCGUCUUCUUUUCCCAAGCACGGGCUCUUCUGCCUUUACUCCUCAGCUUCUUCUUCAUAAAUGCCAACGGGACCUUCAACCUAUCAGAAAUCUGCUAAAGCUGAAAUUUUUAUAAAAUUGGACACGAGAAACAUUUCUCUGUGAAUAAACCCAUCCACUCGAGUUUUUUUCUAUCUCAGCAAUGGCGAUGAAACCCAGUCGCAAUUUUUGCCCAACCAUUAUCACGAAGACGAAGCUUGUAAACUCGUUUCAAAGCUCCUUCUGCUUCCGUUUCUUAAGGUACAGUUCAUCAAUUUCAGUAUCUCCCCGUAACGGUGUUAUUACCUCUGGUUCGAGUAGCGAUCAAACUCCGUCGAAAAGAUUUAGCUUUUCUCCUGUGAACAAGUUUAAAAUUAGUAUUCGGGAUGGUAAUGGAGAAUGGAUAGGGAAUUGGAACAGAGCCCAGAAACGGAAUCAACCUAAACCUCCGAAGAUAGUUGUAAAUUAUCGCAAAGAAGGUAGAUUUUCUGCGAUUGGUGAAACUACUAGUAGAGAUGGUGAUGGUAGUACAAUGGAGAAGAUUGUGGAGAAAUUGAGAAAGUAUGGAUAUAUGGAUGAUGGUGAGAAGAAUCAGGAGAUUGAACAAGAGAGAAGGAUUGAGAAAGGAUCUGUGGAGGAUAUAUUCUAUGUUGAAGAAGGGAGUUUGCCGAAUACGAGAGGUGGAUUCACUGAUGAAUCAUUAUUACGAAGAGAAAAUGUAUUUGGGAGCAAUGGAGGAGAAGUUGCGUUUCCUUGGGGGAAGAUAAGUGCUGAGGAGAAGAAGGAGUUAGAAGCAGAGUGGACUGCGAAGAAGGAGAGUAGAUACUCGCUUGCGGAGAUGACUCUCCCGGAAUCUGAGCUAAGGAGGUUGAGGAACCUGACGUUUCGAACACCGAGCAAGAUGAAGAUUCGUGGCGCAGGAGUGACUCAGGUGGCUGUGGAUUCGAUCAGGGAGAAGUGGAAGAGCUCUGAGAUUGUGAGGUUGAAGAUUGAAGGAGCAAGCGCGCUUAACAUGAGAAAGAUGCAUGAGAUGCUAGAGAGAAAGACUGGUGGUUUAGUGAUUUGGAGGUCAGGGACUUCGAUUUCUUUGUACAGAGGUGUCAGUUUCGAGCUUCCAGCAGGAAAAUGGAACAAGCAAAAGAGAGAGGAGACGUCACCUUCUUCUUCCUUACCUGCAACUACAACUAUGGUGGAAAGUAGAGAUGAAGAAGUGGAUCUUCCUCAGCAGCUAGAACAGGAGACAGCUAGUGUAGAAAGUAAAGACCAGGGGACGUCUCAACGAGAAGUAGAAUAUGAAGAUGAAAUUGAAGAACUGUUAGAUGGUCUUGGCCCUAGGUUCAUGGACUGGACUGGAGAUCAUCCUUUACCUAUAGAUGCUGAUUUGCUUCCAGGCGCCGUUCCUGGUUACGAACCGCCUUUCAGGAUACUUCCUUAUGGUGUGAGAUCAUCUCUUGGACCAAAGGAAGCAACAGCUUUGAGAAGACUCGCUAGAUUUCUUCCUCCGCAUUUUGCUUUAGGUCGUAAUAGGCAGCUUCAAGGCUUGGCGACAGCAAUGGUUACGUUAUGGGAAAAGAGUAUGCUUGCAAAGAUUGCGAUUAAACGCGGUGUACAAUUGACCACUAGUGAGAAAAUGGCUGAAGAACUCAAGAAGUUGACAGGAGGCAUACUUCUCUCUAGGAACAAAGACUUCUUGGUUUUCUACAGAGGGAAGAACUUUUUGUCAAGAGAAGUCGCUGAGGCAUUGGUGGAGCAGGAGAGAUUCGCAAGGACUUUGCAAGACGACGAAGAACAGGCUCGUUUAAGAGGAUCAUCGGCUCUGAUUGUCCCAAGUGUUCAACUUCCAAAUAAACCUGUUUCUGCGGGUACUCUUGGUGAGACUCUUGACGCGACUGGUAAGUGGGGAAAGAAUCUUGAUGAUGGUCAUCAUGCAAAAGAAGUGAAACAUGAGGUUGAGAAACUGAGGCAUGAAGAUCUUGUCAGGAAGCUAGAAAAGAAACUUUCUUUAGCCGAGAGGAAGCUGUUGAAAGCUGAACGUGGUUUGGCUAAGGUGGAAGAGUGUCUAAAGCCAGCACAGCAGAGAGCAGACCAAGACACCAUAACCGAUGAAGAGAGAUUUAUGUUCCGCAAGCUCGGUUUGAAGAUGAAAGCAUUCUUACUUUUAGGUAGGCGAGGAGUGUUUGAUGGUACGGUGGAGAACAUGCACUUGCACUGGAAGUACAGAGAGCUGGUCAAAGUUAUCAUCAAGGCUAAAACUUUUGACGGUGUGAAGAAAGUGGCAUUAGCCCUUGAAGCCGAGAGUAAUGGUAUACUAGUUUCCAUUGAUAAAGUCUCUAAAGGAUAUGCCAUUAUCGUGUAUAGAGGAAAAGACUAUAAGCGUCCUCCAUUGUUGAGGCCAAAGAACCUUUUGACAAAGAGGAAAGCUUUAGCACGUUCCAUUGAGCUUCAAAGACGCGAGGGUCUUAUAAAACACAUUUCAGCUAUACAUGCGAGAGCAGAACAGCUGAGAGCUGAAAUUGAACUAAUGGAGAAGGUAGAAGACAAGGGAGAUGAAGAGUUAUACAACAAGCUUGAUGUGGCUUAUGCUUCUAGCGACGAGGAGACAGAAGAAACAGAUGAGGAAGAAGAUGACGCAUUCCCAGAGAUGUAUGCAGAAGGAGAAGAAGGUGAGAAUAUGGCAGAAGAUUGGGAUUCAGAUGAAUCAGAAACCGGAUUUGGUGAUGGUUAUGUACAUCAUGCAUUUAAAGGUAUUGAAGAUUCAACGUUGAAGAACAAUUAGAAAAGAUGUCUAUUGUAAGAUUAUUAAAUAAAAUAAAAUAAAAAUCAUCUAACUAAAAAGGUUUAUCAUGCAUGCAAGACGUGGAGAAUAGCAACAAAACAU